UUUGGGAAUUUUUAGACAACUGACAUUAGAUAACAAUAGAUAGCCAACCAAUAACCACCAACCAAUAACGAAGAUAACAAAUAAAGUGGUCAGGAGUAGUGAUAACAAGUAAUUUAUAGCAUUAUUGUCUUAUUAAAUAGAGCGUCUCAUUUAUUACAUUUAUUUUUUAAUAAUUGUUGUGGGCGCAAGGUUAUACCCACGUGUACGGAAACAAAGUUUUGUGUUAAUCAGUUUAAAAUGAAUAUCUUAAAGAACAACUGGUAUACAGAAUCAUGUGACAUGUGGCCUGGAGGAACAUUCUCAUUUGAAGUAAAAGAAAUUCUUCAUCAAGAAAAAUCACCAUAUCAAGAUAUAAUUGUAUGUGAUACAACAAGUUUCGGCCGUGUACUAAUCUUGGAUGGAAUCAUACAGUGUACUGAGAAAGAUGAAUUUUCCUAUCAGGAAAUGUUAUCAUUUUUAGCACUGUGCAGUCACAAGAAUCCUGAAAAGGUUUUAAUUGUUGGAGGAGGAGAUGGCGGUGUUGCAAGGGAGGUUGCUAAGCAUCCUAAAGUUAAAGAAAUUGUUCAGGUAGAAAUAGAUGCAAGAGUUGUUGAAGUGUCCAAAAAGUACUUGCCCUAUAUGUCGGUAGGUUUCAACAGUGAAAAGUUGACUCUUCACAUUGGAGAUGGUUUUGAGUUCAUGAAGAACCACAGCAACGAAUUUGACGUCAUCCUAACGGAUAGUAGUGACCCUGUGGGUCCCGCAGUAAGUCUCUUCCAAGAGAACUAUUUUGCUCUAAUGAAGAGUGCACUAAAACCGAACGGUAUUGUUUGCUCACAAGCGGGAACAUUCUGGAAUGAUCUUGAUUUGGUAACAAACACAUUGAAAUACUGCAGGAAUCAGUUCCCAGUUGGUGCAUAUGCAUAUACUUCUGUGCCCACUUACCCUUCAGGAUUGAUAGGUUUCGUCUUGGGAUCUCUGGAUCCAGACGUCAAAUUUGACAGUCCACAGAUUACAUUCACGAAAGAAGAGGAGAGGGCUAUGAAGCUUAAAUAUUACAACAGUGAUAUUCACAAAGCGGCUUUUACGUUGCCAACAUUCUUAAGGAAUCAACUAAAUUAAUUUUUGGCUACAACAUAGUACUUAAAAGUGCAUUUAUUUUGAUUUUUUUUCUUAUAUU